AUGAGACCUGCUGAAGUUGCUACUCUUCGUAUUAUCCAUUAUGAACCCAGUGAAUCGAAUUCUUCUGAAUGGUACAAGCCUGGUUAUUCUUGGUAUUGUAUUGGGUAUAUUAAAAAUAAAGGAGAAGCAAAAAAUAAUCCUAAAUCUCAGCAAUUUCUAUUCAUGAAAAAAAAUCCAGAAGUGCAAAAGAAUUGCUUACCUGAAUUCAAGAUUAUUACAGCCAAAAAAUUAAGAAAAAUUAGAGAUAAAUAUGCUUCUAGAAUUUAUAGUAAUCAAAAUCCAACUUUGCAAUAUCUUGAAUUCCUUAGUAGACUUACAAUGAGGUAUAAGAUAGAUCAUUAUAAUUCUGGAAUGUAUUAUGCAGAGGGUGAUACUUUCGAUUCUGACCUUGAUGCAGAUCCAGAACCUGAACCCGAAGCCUUAGCUUCCACAUCCAAGGCAAUUAAUGAGAAUACUUCUGAAAUUGAGGAUAUCUAUGACUUAUAUAGGAGUAUUUAG